CCCAGAGGAGAGACGUAUGGCGCAUGCGCGGUGAGCUGACCUUCCCGGGACAGAAGCUGCCAUGCCCGGGACCGUGGAUUUACCCACGACGGAAGAGCUGUCAGUGCGGGAGAUCAACGUGAGCUCUGCCGUGCUGAAGGCUGCUGCCCACCACUAUGGAUCUCAGUGUGACAAGCCGAACAAGGAGUUCAUGUUAUGUCGCUGGGAGGAGAAGGAUCCAAGGAAAUGCCUGAAGGAGAGCAAGAGAGUGAACGAGUGCGCCCUGGAGUUCUUCAGAAGAGUUAAGGGUCACUGUGCGGAGCCUUUCAAUGAAUAUUGGACUUGUAUUGACUCUAGUGACAUCCAGGAUCUUAGCCGCUGUCGCAAGCAGCAGACUGUUUUUGACAACUGCGUCUUGGACAAGCUCGGCUGGACGCGCCCUGAUCUGGGAGAGUUGUCGAAGGUCACAAAGGUGAAAACUGACCGACCGCUUCCAGAAAACGUAUACCAAUCAAGAGAGAGACCGGAGCCAAUUCCUCCUAUCGAGGAAGAGUUAAAGCCGUCCAGGUUUGGUAGCAAGCUCUUCUUCUGGCCCUGGUAGAUGGUUGGAUGGAUCAUGUGCACUUCCUAAUAUCCGUGACUGGUCUCCCGCCCUUGGACCAGUUUCAUUAUCUAUUU